GGUUUCUUUGCUCCUUCUUCCUCUAAUCAAGUGUCCCAAAAUUCAUUAAUGGCUACAAUUGGACAAAUACUAGGCGCCAUUGGGCAACCAAUAGCAGCCAUUGGGCAAUGUUUAUGGGUCCAGCUCAGACGUCAAAUCAGCUACAUCAAAAAUCUUGAAAAAAAUUUUGAGAAGCUGGAAGGAAAAGCGAAAGAUCUCUACAACAAAAGGGAGGAUGUAAACAGCGAGAUAAACAGAGAUACCAUAUCAAAAAUGGUGACAGCUGACUGUCAAUCUUGGCUUCAGAAGGUGGGAGAAAUUUUGGAAAAUAAAGUCAAAGCCAUAGAAACAGAGUUUCAAGAAAAUAAGCGUUGCAUUGGUACACUUUGCCCCAACAUUUGGUGGAAAAAGAGACUGGGUAAGAAAAUUGUGAAAAUGAUUGAUGACAUUGUUAAUCUCAUGGAUGACUACUCAAAGUUUUCAGGAAGAUAUGUGGUUGAGGCACCUCCACAGUCAGUUGAGCCAAUUCCUGCACUAACUAUAGAAGGCGAUGAUACAUCAAUUGAUCGAACUGUCCAGAAGAGAUUAAGAUGCAUAAGAGAUGAUGAUAGGCAUAAAAUUGGCAUAUGGGGUAUGGGUGGAGUUGGGAAGACAACUGCAAUGAAGGUCCUAAACAAUUCACCCGAAAUAACAGGUAUGUUCGAAAUGGUUAUUUGGGUAACUGUGUCCAAAGAUGGGGGAGGAGAUAUAAUAAGAAAGGUACAAAAGGAUAUUCUAAAGCGUCUGUCAUUGCAGUUUGAUGAUGAUGAGUCUGUUGAAAGAAGCGCAAGUAGAAUUUUUCAAGGAUUGAGAAAUAUGAAGUAUUUGCUGCUUCUAGAUGACUUGUGGGAAAGAAUGGAAUUGGGUAUUAUAGGAAUCCCCAAACCAAGCAAAGAAAAUGGGUGCAAAAUGAUAAUAACAAUUAAAGUUGAAGUGUUAUCUGAAGAAGAGGCCUGGAACUUGUUUCGGGAAAAGGUUGGCAAUGUCGUCGUGGAUUCACAGGAUAUAAGAGAAAUAGCUUCAAAGGUCGUUCGAAAAUGUCAAGGUUUGCCACUAGCCAUUAUUGUAAUAGGAGGGUCUUUGAGAAAUAAGAAUGAGCUAAGUGAAUGGCGAAAUGCACUGAAGGAGUUGAGCUCGAAUAAGUACGAAAUUAUUGAUGAUAUGGAAGAAUCUGUGUUUAGGAAAUUGAAGUUCAGUUAUGACUGUUUAAGGAGCAACAAUAUCAAGAAGUGCUUUUUAUACUGUGCUUUAUACCCGGAGGACUAUGAGAUUGGAGGAACAGGACUCAUACAACGUUGGUGGGCAGAGGGUUUCAUUGAUGAUGAUUUAAGGUUGGAUGAGCCAUAUGAUAAAGGGCAUGCUGUAAUAAAAUACCUAAAAGAUGUUUCAUUGUUGGAAGAUGGCCCCCUAACGAGUGGGUUUGUUAAGAUGCAUGACGUGAUUAGAGAUUUGGCAUUAAAAAUCACAUCAGCAUCAGCAUCAAUAUUGUCUCCUGAUCGUAAUAUGUUUGUUCCAGAGGAUGAUGGUAAUCAUCAGUUUUUGGUUAAAGCAAAUAUGGGAAUAGAGAAGCUCUCAAAUGAGGUAGAUUGGGGACAGUUCCAAAGGAUCUCAUUGAUGCAUAAUAAAAUUGGCAAUCUACCUGAGAACCCAGCAUCCCUCUUACUUGAGACGCUAUUUUUGCAGUAUAAUGGAAAUUUGAGAAGAAUUCCAGAAUCAUUCUUCGAGCAUAUGCACAAUCUUCGAGUUUUGGACCUAUCAGGUACUCUAGUCAGUGAGUUACCAUCUUCUGUUUCCAAUUUAGUAAGCCUUGGAGGAUUAUUUCUUCUCGAUUGUCCCAAUUUGGUUACUUUACCAUCCCAAAUAGGGAAUCUUAAAAAACUUCAAGUGCUUCAUUUAGGAGACAUAUAUGGUAAUUUUGAGUACUUACCUAUUGAAAUUCAGCAGCUUACACUCCUUAGAAGUCUGCAAGUGAAAUUUGAUAGAAUACCAGGUGGGAAUCAUCGACUGAUGGUUCCUAAUGGGACUAUAUCAAGGCUCUCUCUGCUUGAAAACUUGAGCAUACGUGUACACAUGGGUAAAUAUCCAAAGUUCGGAGAAAGCAUUGCGGAAGAGGUGGGCAGCUUAAAGCAACUAACUCAACUACUUGAGUUUCAUUUUACAUCAUUGGAAGGUUUUGAGCAUUUUCUACGUGAAAGUUGUCCAUGGAAAAAUCAAACCCUCAAGUCAUUUCGAUUCAUUGUGCACUGCGACUCACGUGUCAAGGGUUACCGUACAUUUGAUUUUGAAGAAGAGGAUAGUGAAGAAGAAGAAGAAGAUCAUUAUGACGAUAGAGAAAAAUCAUCAAAUAUGCAAUAUUUGCAACUGGCAGGAGGUAAUUACACACCCAGCAGCACUGUAUUUGCAGAGGUACUCCAUCAGGCCAAUGGUUUCCAUUUACGAGGCCAUCAGACUUGUCAAAGUCUAUUGGAUUACCUGAAACUAUGCGCUGUUAGUGGAUGCAAGAUGAUGGAGAACAUCAUCAAUGGAAUUGAUUUAACUACUACUACUUCAACAACAACAUGUGCAGUUUUACCAAACUUGGAUUACUUGCAAGUUGAAGGUAUGCCAACUAUGGGGGCCAUUUGGGAAGGGCCAAUGCCACCAGGAAGCUUCAGCCGUUUAGCAACUUUGAAAAUCAGUUAUUGUGCAAACCUGAGAGAGAUUUUCACAAGGGGCAUACUCCAACAACUUCCAAACCUUGAAGUACUUCAGAAUUCAGUUGAUCAUUCACAAGCCAUCUUCUUGGAUCAGGUGGCUCUUCUGUAG